GAUUCUAGGAGGGAAGACAUGGAUUUUUCUGGUUGUGGGACUUUGUUUCUGACCAUCCUUAUCUCCCUACUUAUCUUCUUUAUGAUAUGGAAUAGGAGAAGCAAACUGCCCCCGGGUCCUACCCCUCUCCCACUCAUAGGCAACUUGUUGCAAGUCAGGAAUGGAGAGAUGGCAAAGACAUUGAUGGAGCUUGGUGAACAGUACGGCCCUGUGUUUACUUUCUACUUUGGCCCUAGUCCAGUGAUAGUGUUCUGUGGAUAUGAUGCAGUGAAGGAAGCUCUUGUAGAUCAUGGAGAAGAUUUUGUUGGCAGAGGAAAACAGCCCACAGUGGACAGAGUCUUCCAGGGUUAUGGACUGAUAACCAGUGAGGGGGAUCGGUGGAAACAACUCAGACGUUUUUCCCUAACAACUCUCAGAAACUUUGGAGUUGGAAAAAGAACUAUUGAAGAAAGGAUUAAAGAUGAGGCUUCUUGCCUUGUAGAGGAACUUCAGACAUACAAACAGCUUCCAGUUAAUCCAGCUAUGAUAAUCUCCAAGGCUGUAACUAAUGUUAUCAGUUCGGUUGUGUUUGGAACACGGUUCGAUUACAGUGACAAGAGAUUUCACAGGAUGCUAGAUAUUUUUUAUGAAACCUUUGAACUUAUGAGCUCGAUCUGGGGUCAGAUUCAGGACAUGGUUCCAUGGUUAAUGAACCACAUCCCUGGACCUCACCAGAACAUAGUCACUCUGCUUGAAGAACUUAAUGAGUUUAUAGCUGAAAGGAUAAAACUAAAUCAAGAUACACUGGAUCCUAGUUCACCAAGAGACUACAUAGAUUGUUUCCUUCUUAAAAUGCAAGAGGAGAAAGACAAUCCUGCAUCUGAAUUCAACUAUAAAAAUCUCAUCCUGACACUCAACAACCUGUUUUUUGCUGGUGGAGAAACUGUAGCCACUACUUUGAAACAUGGAUUGCUUUUACUUCUGAAAUAUCCAGAUAUCCAAGCUAAGCUGCAUGAAGAAAUAGACAGUGUGAUCGGACAGAACAGGAGCCCUAAUAUUGAAGAUCGGAACAAGAUGCCCUAUACAGAAGCUGUGAUCCAUGAAAUACAGAGAUUUGCCAAUGUAAUCCCAAUGAAUGCUCCCCAUUCCGCUACAAGGGACACUUACUUUAGGGGAUACACAAUCCCACAGGGUACUGGUGUCUGUGCCUUGCUUUGCUCUGUUUUGGGAGAUCCUAAAUACUUUGCCACUCCAAAUAAGUUCAACCCCAAUCACUUCUUGGAUUCUAAGGGUCACUUUAUAAAAAAUGAAGCCUUUCUGCCAUUCUCAACAGGGAAGAGGAUUUGCCUUGGAGAAGGACUGGCUAGGAUAGAACUCUUUCUAUUCCUCACGAAUAUACUGCAGAAUUUUGUGUUGACUUCUGACACCCAGUUUACAGAAGCAGAUAUCACCCCAAGAAUGACCGGUUUUGCAAAUGUACCCAUAUCUUAUGAACUGUCAUUUGUCCCACGUUAAUAGUUCUUUGGAGAUCCAAUGUGUCUCCUUUUUUAGUACUGUCACUUAAAACCCCCACAUACUGUUGUAAACUUUUUUGGGGUGUGGAUAAUGAACUGCAUGGCUAUAGAACUAAUGCACACAACUUCAAGAAUUUGAUUGUAGAAAUGUCAGUGUUAGGCACCCCCCAGUGAACACAGUUUUCACCUGGGCCUGUGUUCCUUUAAUGCACAUUUUAUUUAAAGGGCAAGUAAUUAAAAAUUUGCCUAAUAAAAGAAAACAAUUCCAAGCAACUUUCCAAUAUAUAUUAUUUAAGAUUUUUCAGUGCAUGCAUUUACCUAACUCUGGUUGUUACUUUUUAACAAUGCAGCAAAAAUUAGUUCCCUAGGAAAGACAGGUUUGUUAAUGAGCUGCCUUGUCUUACAUUGUAUCAAUAGUCUGAGCCACCAGUACAGUGAACAGACAGGGACAGACAGACACUGUUUUCAAUAGCAAUACAUAUACAAAUAACUUAGAAUCCAUAGAAAAUUUGUAAUGCAUGUAUGUUCAAGUGGCUUAUAAUUAUGUUUUCUUUUAUUACGAAAAAAUUAUUUUUUUAGGGUUGACAUUCCCGUAUCACAUACAGUUAAUUUGUCAUCAGUUUUCUACAAAUAGCAAGUAGUGGAAGGCAUUGAGUAGUUUUGGGGUGCUCCUUUUUCCUAGGUUAUGAACAUUGUGUAUUUUUUUAAAGAAAAUUAUACAAUAAUUUUUGCAUGAAUUAAAAUGUUUCUUUUGUUUA